CACAAGCUGGAUGCGAGCCCAUGUGGACUCUCUUCUCGAGCUUGUUCAGCUUGACGCUGGACUUUAUCUUCCUCUUCCCUAGGACGAAGAGCGAGGGAAAGGAAGGGGUAGAGUAUCCAAAGGUGACAAAGCUGCUGAGGACGCAUAGGACGGAGGUGCUCAAGGAGGGCUUGCCCAGAAAGGGCAUCUGCGUUAGCGAUCAUGUGGCCAUUGGGGCUGAGCUGGAGCUAUGAUUGUAUUCAAAUGUAGCAAGAGGAUAGCAAGACUGUAUACAAUAGAAGGUCAACCAGUUGAGCGAUGCAACCGCUGUUGAGAAUUGAUGCAAGAAAUGGCCGGGGCCCGUGCGAGGUGAAAAGCCGCCGACCCUCCGCCUGCCGCCAUGUUCAGGGCCUUUGGGUCCGGCCCGCAUCGCUUAUCCAUCUUUCCUUUGCUCCCACCACUUCAACUUCCAAUCAACAUCCCUCUAUCAUCGCGGCGACACAAAGAGACAUAUCGCUACCCCCUGUUCCAUCUCGCCCGGCCAAGAUGCCAGUCACAGGCGACUACUUCAUCAUUUCGACCAGCCUGCGUGGUCUGCCCCAGUACAUGCGGGACGUACUUGUCCCCAUGCACAAGUCCAAGGUCAAGUUCCUCGGCAGUCUUACCACCCCUGGAGGAUAUGAGGAGGUUAUGGCCGCUGUCUGUGACGCCUGGGGGAUCACACGUGAUCAGGGGCAGCUGGCGCUGCUCGACACUUGCGAGGAGGAGGAGGACGACAAUGACGACGACGCCACUACGACGACGGCCACUGUCAGCUCCGCCGACUCUUCCUUUGAAAGCUCUCGUCGUCAUCACCGUCGCAACAAGGCAGCAGCGACAUUCGGCGCCCUCAUGACGGCAGAGAAGGAGCCUGCUCAGCUGAUCUCCUCCCAGCGCGAGUGGGAACUCUUCUGGGAUGAGCACCGCGAUGACAUCAGCGAAGAGCGCGGUUGGUGGUUCGAGAUCGUCGAGCGUCCGAGUCUGCCCUUCGCCUUCACGAUGGCCGCCAACAUCAGCGAGAAGAAAGGGGCGGCCAGCACCACCGCAUCUCAGACGACGGCAGCUCGCACGUCCACCCCUCCCGCGCAACCUGGCUCCAGCAGCGGCUCAAGCACUACGAGCGCCGUUCCUCCUCCCUCUCGUGACAAUGGCACGACCUCUGCUCAUCCCUUUGCCGACAUCCCUGUGCUCGACCGUGUCAAGGACAGUGUUCUGCAAGCCUUUGGGCAACGCGUCCCUCAGAACGGCACCGAGGCCGCGCAUCGCGUUCUAGACACGCUGGAGAACAUCAUUGGUCUCGUGGGACCUGUCAGCGGCGCCACUGCUAGCACCCAACCUGCGCAGCAAACCACGAGCGGCAAUGCGGCACCAGCUGGCACGGCGUCGACUGCGGCUGCUCGCCCCACGGAAACUGAAGGCGGCAGCUCGCAGACUCACCGCGAAGAAGCUGCCGCUCAGCCUCUGCCCUCUGCCCGACCCGUCUCUGAUCAGCAGCCGCAGAUGACCGACUUCGAACGCCUCAUGGCACGCUCGCGCGCCCAAGGCGAAGCACUCAACGCAUUCUUCGGCAACGUCACGCAGCGUCGCGCUGAGCGACUCAACCCCGGCAGCGGCAGCCGGUCCAACGAGUUGGGCAGCGACAACAACAGUACCGACACGCCUCCUUCGGAGCCGCUGAGGGAGAGCGAAACACCUCUUGCCAGCCGUCCUGACUCUUCGUAUGCCUCUGCUACUGGCACUAGUGCCUAUUCGAUCCCAUCCGCCGCCGUCUCGACCUCAACCUCGACCUCAAGCGUGCCGGACGCCGUACGAGCUCAGAACGACCACCUGGCCAGCCUAUGGGAGAAGCGCCUCCAGCAGAUGGGCCACGAACUGCCCGAGACGCAUACGUAUCUGAACAGGUUUCCGCAGCAGAGUGUAGGGCGCGCACAGUCUACUACGGCGACCCUUGAGUCUCAGCAGCCUCAGCAGCCGCCUCCAGAGGACCAUGACAAGGGACAGGGCAGGUCCACAUCGACCACCUCGCCAUCCACCCGAUCGGAAGGCAGCGCCUCUGAGUGGGAGAUGCUUCGCCAGGAGACGAACGAGGGCACCGUGGGCGUCAAUUCGAGUGCCAACACGAACACCUCUGCCCCCGCCUCCACCUCGACUGAGCUGCCCACCAUGGUUCCGGCCACCACCACGCCUCCUUCGAUCGAGCAGAACAACCAGACGCUGGCUGACGCCUUCACCGAAAUGCUCGCGCGUAGCCGCAAUGCUCAGAGCUCCGGCAGCGGCGGCCAGUAGAGCAACCUUGACGCCUGUAGGGCUCAAUCGCGCCCACCAUUUCGACUCGCUUCCCUUCUUGUCACAUUCACCCAGAUCUCAUCGCCACCGACGCGCCUUGCCUAUCGGCACAAGCUCCACUUGCUGUCUCGCUUCCUGCCGUCCUGUCUUACUUCUUGUCAUCAAUCCAUCUUGUCUCAUCACGAUCUGCGCAGUGUUAGCCUCCCUGGACCC